CUCUUAGUGGAUGUUCCUGCUGCACAUCGCUUUCUCAAGCUGCAGAUGAUCGAUCGCUGUAUGGUGGACAUCUGGGGACGUCGUGCCCCCGGAUAUGGGGCUCUUGGGGCCCCGAGGGGUGGACGGUCGGGGCCAAGAAGAUGGGGCCUCUGGCUUCUGCUCAGCCUUGUACCCCCUCUCUCUGAACCCAGGCAAAGAGGCUAUGCUCCGGCAGAAGGAUUAUGAGACUGCCACCCUCUCGGAGAUCAAGGCCCUGCUCAAGAAGCACGAGGCUUUUGAGAGCGACCUGGCCGCCCACCAGGACCGCGUGGAACAGAUCGCUGCCAUUGCGCAGGAGCUCAAUGAGCUGGACUAUUAUGACUCACCCAGUGUCAAUGCCCGGUGCCAAAAGAUCUGUGACCAGUGGGACAAUCUGGGAGCCCUAACCCAGAAGCGGAGGGAAGCUCUGGAGCGGACAGAGAAACUGCUGGAGACCAUUGACCAGCUGUACUUGGAGUAUGCCAAGCGGGCCGCACCCUUCAACAACUGGAUGGAGGGGGCCAUGGAAGAUCUGCAGGACACCUUCAUCGUGCACACCAUCGAGGAGAUCCAGGGACUGACCACAGCCCACGAGCAGUUCAAGGCCACCCUCCCUGAUGCCGACAAGGAGCGUCUGGCCAUCCUGGGUAUCCACAACGAGGUGUCCAAGAUUGUCCAGACCUACCACGUCAACAUGGCGGGCACCAACCCCUACACAACCAUCACUCCUCAGGAGAUCAAUGGCAAAUGGGAGCACGUGCGGCAGUUGGUGCCUCGGAGGGACCAGGCCCUGACGGAGGAGCACGCCCGCCAGCAACACAAUGAGAGGCUACGUAAGCAGUUCGCAGCCCAGGCCAAUGUCAUCGGGCCCUGGAUUCAGACCAAGAUGGAGGAGAUCGGGCGGAUCUCCAUCGAGAUGCACGGGACCCUGGAGGACCAGCUCAGCCACCUGCGACAGUAUGAAAAGAGCAUCGUCAACUACAAGCCCAAGAUCGACCAGCUGGAGGGUGACCACCAGCUCAUCCAGGAGGCCCUCAUCUUCGACAACAAGCACACCAACUACACCAUGGAGCACAUCCGUGUGGGCUGGGAGCAGCUCCUCACCACCAUCGCCAGGACCAUCAACGAAGUGGAGAAUCAGAUCCUGACCCGAGAUGCCAAGGGCAUCAGCCAGGAGCAGAUGAAUGAGUUCCGGGCCUCCUUCAACCACUUCGACCGGGAUCACUCCGGCACGCUGGGUCCCGAGGAGUUCAAAGCCUGCCUCAUCAGCUUGGGUUAUGAUAUUGGCAACGACCCCCAGAAGAAGACAGGCAUGAUGGACACGGAUGAUUUCCGCGCCUGCCUUAUCUCCAUGGGUUACAACAUGGGAGAGGCAGAAUUUGCCCGUAUCAUGAGCAUCGUAGACCCCAACCGCCUGGGGGUAGUGACAUUCCAGGCCUUCAUCGACUUUAUGUCUCGGGAGACCGCCGACACAGACACAGCGGACCAAGUCAUGGCCUCCUUCAAGAUCCUGGCUGGGGACAAGAACUACAUCACGGUGGACGAGCUGCGCCGAGAGCUGCCGCCCGACCAGGCCGAGUACUGCAUCGCGAGGAUGGCCCCCUACAGCGGCCCUGAUGCCGUGCCGGGCGCUCUGGACUACAUGUCCUUCUCCACGGCGCUGUACGGCGAGAGUGACCUCUAACGUGCCCGCCCAGGCCAGCGCCCUCACCCUGCCCGCUGCGCGCCCCCCCCCGCCCUGCACCCCUGCUGCCCCCUCUCCCGCCGGGAUUUGGUCUCCUCGCUCAGCCUCGAGCCCGGCGAGCCGGGACCCACGUGGCAUCGAGCCUCCCUGCCCGCAAAGUGACAGUUUACAAAAUUAUUUUCUGCAAAAAAGAAAAAAAAAGUUAUGUUAAAAAAAAGUAAAAAAAAAGCCAAAAAACCACAUAUUUUAUUAUAGAAAAAGUAUUUUUUUCUCCACCAGACUUAAAUGGAAAAGAGGAAAAAUUAACUGUUUGCACCGAAAUGUUUUGUUUUGUUGUGACAUAGGACAAUAACCAAGCACAAUGUUCUAUUCUGUACUUUUUAUCGAUUUUUUUUUUCUCUCUGUAUCAUCUGCUGUAUUCAUUUCUCCAAUCUCAUGUCCACCUUGAUGUGGGAGCGGGGCGGUGGGGUGGGGGUAGGGGGGUAUCUCAUCAGAAGGCACAUUGGUGCAUGUGUGUUUGCUAGCUCACUUGUCCAUGAAAAUAUUUUAUGAUAUUAAAGAAAAUCUUUUGAAAUGGCUCUUUUUUAA